UUUUUUUUUCUUUGCUUUCUCUUGCGCAGCCGAGAAUGGCCUUUUACCCUCGUCUAUCAGAUCCCCCGUGUAAGAGAUGAACUUGAUGCAGCAUUCGGCCCGGCCGACUGCGACUGCGCUGCGCCGCCUGCCACCCAUCCGGCAUCCCCCCCCCCUGCUGGUCUGCUGGCUGGCUGUCAUCUGUUCCCGUCUCAUCCCAUGUGGCGCCCGUGUCCGCGACGACGCUCCCCCUCCCCCCCUCUCCGGCUGAAUAUGCCGCCCAGGGCCGGGUCCAACCAGGUCUACGAAGCAAUGUGUAUCCGUGGUUGUAUGGCCUAGUAGUAGGCCCGCGUGUACUUCGUAGGGCUGGAGCCAUUAAUGAGACAUACAUCACCGUCGUCCCUUUUACCGCUGGCCGCCGCCGUCGCCGCCGCCACCAUCACCACCACCGCACACUUGACCGUGGCGAUGAAAUAACCAAGGGAAUUGCUCUUCUGCCCGACUCUCCCGCUGGCGGGGGCGGCCACCAAACACACAGAAAGAAAAAGAGAGUGAGAAAGGAGACAGACGGAGACAAAGGGAGAGGGGCGAGCGAGGCAGAGAGGAAACAACGACGCAACCACCAUCAUGUUUCCGUUCGACUUGGCCGCGCUGCCGCAGCUGACGACGCGCAAGGCCCUGCUCGUCGUCGACCCGCAGCGCGACUUCCUCUCCGUCGACGACGGCGCGCUUCCCGUGACGGAGCCCGAGGGUUUCGCCGCGCGCACCGCCCAGCUCGCCGAGGCCGUCCGCCGAGCCGGCGGGGACGUUGUCUGGCUGCCGUCGCGGUUCGAGCAGCGCCGUGACCCGGACGCGGAGCCGCUCGUCGCCUCGGACGCCGCCUUGGCCGCCCGGCCGAGUCAUCGUCAUCACCCGCACCAGCAGCAUCAACAGCGGCAUGGUGGUGGUGGUGGCGCCCGCGCGCGGCGGCGGCGGCUGUCUCACCCUGACGACCACGACGGCGACGACGGCCACCAUCAUCAGGACGGCAACGAUGCUGCUGCUGCUGCUGACGACGAGGCCUUCCUCAGCCAUGACCCGCCUCGCUGCGUGAGGCCCUCGACCCCAGGCGUCGAGCUGCUGAUGCUCGCCACCACCACCACCACCACCACCACCACCACCACCGCCAUCCACGACGAGGACUCGACGCUGUGGAAGAGCCACUACUCGGCCUUCCUGGGCACGUCGCUGCUGCGGCUGCUGCGCGCCAAGAUGGUCAUGGAGGUCUUCAUCUGCGGCUCGCUCGCCAACGUAGGCGUCUACGCCACCGCCCUCGACGCCGCCGGCCACGGCCUCGCCAUCACCGUCGUCGACGACUGCUGCGGCUUCCGCGUCGCCGCCCGCAAGCGCAAGGCCCUGCGCAACCUCGAGGAGCUGACGGGCUGCGAGGUCGCUCGCUGCGCAGACGUCGUCAAGGCGCUUCGUUCGUCGUCGCCGGCGCCGGCAGCAGCAGCAGCAGCAGCAGCAGCAACAACACCAACGGAGCAGCAACAGCGUGCCAGGGCAAAGGCAAAGGCGCAGAUCAAGAGCAAGGCAGCGACGACGACUGCUUCUGCGCCAGCGACAUCAUCAACAGCACCACCACCACCAGAAGCCGCUGCCAAGGCCAAGACGCCAGACAGUGGACGCCCUGCAGAGCCAGACCUUGUGCGGCAGAUUGCGGGCCUGCGCUUGGCCGAGGAGUCAUCCCCCGAUGUGGGGGUAGUGGUAGCGGCGGCGAUAGUGGCGGCGGUGGGCGAGGCACAUCGUCAGGACGACGCUGCACAGCCCACAGCUGAGGCUGAGUCGCAGACAUCGCAAAACGCCCAGUCGAAGCUGCAGGAACCGGCUGGAAACGGCAAAGAUGGGGCGCACCAGACUGCAAAGUCAUCAAAAGGCGAAGACGGAUCAAAAGACGGCCGGAGCAAUGCUGCAGCAACACCAAAGCCCCAUCACCAACCCGCGGCAGAGGCAGCCCGUACGGCUUCACCCGAGGACAAGACACCACCGCUAGCUCAACGGCCAUCAACACCGCCACUUACACGACCUGACGAGUCGCCACACGGUGUAGCCAUGCCGGGGCCAGAGCACAAGGCCGACGCCGCAUCUGCGACGGACCACCACUCCGACGAUGAGCAGCCCGCGGCGCAUGCGCCCCAAAAGGGCCUCGGCGCAGGCGACACGGACGUCAUCGAGAACCUCCUGCCGCCGGACCUCGAGGCCACCAUGUUCGACAGACUGCGCGACGAGGUCCAGUGGCAGCGAAUGUCGCACCAGGGCGGCGAGGUGCCGCGCCUCGUCGCCGUCCAGGGCGACGUCUCCGACGACGACGCCGACGGCAGCUCCAUGCCCGUCUACCGCCACCCGUCGGACGAGUCCCCUCCCCUGCUGCCCUUCUCGCCGGCCGUGCUUGACGUCAAGGCCCAGGCGGAGAGGCACCUCGGCCACCCGCUCAACCACGUCCUGAUCCAGUACUACCGCGACGGCAACGACUACAUCUCGGAGCACAGCGACAAGACGCUGGACAUUGUGCGCGGCUCCUACAUUGCCAACGUGAGCCUCGGCGCCGAGCGCACCAUGGUCUUGCGCACCAAGAGGCCGCACAAGGAUCCUUCACGCCAGGUGUCUGCGCCGCUGCCGCCACCGCCGUCGUCAUCGUCGUCCACAGCGGCGCAGGCACCACCAAACCCCUCGCCGCCGGCAGAGCCAGAGGACGCAUCACAGCCAGCAGGUGAGCCGAAGCAGCAGCAACAGCAGCAGCAACAGCGCCAGGCACAGCGCCUGCGCCUUCACCACAACUCCAUGUGCCGCAUGGGCCUCGCCACCAACGAGCAGUGGCUGCACGCCAUCCGCCAGGACCGCCGCGCCGCCCGCGACAAGACGCCCGCCGAGCUGGCCCACGCCGGCGCGCGCAUCUCCCUGACCUUUCGCCGCAUCGGCACCUUCCUGAGCCUCUGCGACGACGAGAACCCCCUCAUCUGGGGCCAGGGCGCAACGGGCAAGACGCGCGCCGACGCCCGACCCGUGGUUAACGGCCAGGGUCCCGAGGCCGUCGCCAUGCUGCGCGCCUUUGGCACCGAGAACCACGCCUCGCGCUUCGACUGGCACGCGCACUACGGCGCCGGCUUCGAUGUCUUGCACAUUUCCAACGCGCCGCGGUUCUUCGCAAGCGCGGCGGACGCGGUCGUGAAUAUGCGCGUCGCCCUGAUGCUGGCCGAGUAUGGCGUCAAGUACGCCAGGGGCAGCGUGGCGCCUGCUCUGGCCGGCGGCGGCGGCAGCGGCGCAAAGGGCGGCGAGGGGGCGCACGACGACGACGACGACGGCGAAGAUGGUGGCGCCGGCUGGGCGACGGCGUCGGUGCCGGUCAAGUUUGUCGACAACGAUGCGUCCAAGUCGGUCGUGCAGGGGGACGUGGCCAUCAUGCUGUACCUCGAGGCCGUGUACGGAGAACGGCAUCGAGCCAGCGCCGUCUCGAAAUCCGCUGCUGCUGCUGCCGGUUCACCUGCUGCCUCGACCCCCCCAUCCCAGCUCGCGACGCAGUACACGCUCUUCCAGCGCGCACUGCAACUCCUCACUACCGUCCGCCGACACAGCAACACCAGAGACAACAAUAACAACAAAAGCAGCAGCAGCAGCAGCAGCAGCAGCGCGAGCGGGGGCAACAAGACCGAUUCCCUGCCCUCCACCUCCCUCCCCCGCUUUGUUAAGCACGAGCUGUCUACAGUAUGGGAAUCGGCCGCGAGGGACGGCCACCUCUGCUGCGCACCCGCACCCGCCACCACCACCACCCCUGACGCCGCCGCCGCCGAUGAUGAUGAUAAUCGAAAGAUGCCCUCGCUCGCCGACUUCGCCCUCUGGCCGGUCCUGCACGCGCUCGCCGACGCGCACGACGGGGGCGGGGGCGCCUUUGCCGGCAUGGACCACCUGCGGCGGUACUACGAGGCCUUUGCGCAGAGGCAGAGCGUGAGGGCGGUGCUCAGCAGCCCGGGGACAGACGCGGGCGCGAAUAAGAAGACGGCGUCGAGUUGAAGACGACAAAUGGGUAGCCCCUGGUGAGAAAGACAGAGGAGGAGGAGACCCCUUUUUGAAUGGAAUGGUACGA